ACAUCUUUGGCCCUCCCAUGCGGCUCAGACACUGGCUGAGACUGAGGGCCGUGCUGCGCAUGCCUGUUACCUGAUUGGUCGUCAAACAAAGUGAUUCACGUACGUUCUGCAACGUCACGCGUAAGGUCAAGAGGAAAGAAGCAUGGCCGCUGUCUUGAGAGGGUCUCGGUAUUUAGUGGGAAGGUGUAGCAGGCAUGUUGACUUUGCGUACGUCUCCACGAGGUGCCUGGCCUCAAAGACACAAGUGGGGUUUGUUGGUCUGGGAAAUAUGGGAAACCCUAUGGCAAAGAAUCUGCUGAAGAAUGGAUAUCCAGUCAUUGCCACAGAUGUAUUCCCAGAGUCCUGCAAAGAACUGCAAGAGCUGGGUGCUCAGAUUGUGGAUAAUCCCGCUGAAGUAUCAGACAAGGCAGACCGCAUCAUCACCAUGCUGCCCUCUAGUCCCAACGUCAUAGAUGCGUACACUGGACCCAAUGGCAUUCUCAAAAAAGUAAAAAAAGGCUCCCUACUCAUCGACUCCAGCACCAUUGAUCCAUCUGUUUCCAAAGAGAUGGCUGCGGCUGCUGAGAAGAUGGGGGCAGUUUUUAUGGAUGCACCUGUAUCAGGAGGUGUGGGUGCUGCCAGCUCGGGUAAGCUGACCUUCAUGGUCGGAGGGGCAGAGGAGGAAUUUACUGCAGCCAAAGAGCUGCUCAGCAGCAUGGGAGCCAAUGUGGUUUAUUGUGGCCGAGUUGGAACUGGACAGGCAGCUAAAAUCUGUAACAACAUGCUUUUAGCCAUUGGAAUGAUCGGGACUUCAGAGACGAUGAACUUGGGGAUCAGACUUGGUCUUGAUCCCAAGCUUUUGGCCAAAAUUCUGAACAUGAGCUCAGGCCGGUGUUGGUCCAGUGACACCUACAACCCUGUACCAGGAGUCAUGGAGGGUGUUCCCUCUGGGAAUAACUACCAGGGAGGUUUUGGCACCCAGCUCAUGGCAAAGGACUUGGGCCUGGCACAGAACACAGCCACCAACACAAAGACGGCUGUCCCUCUCGGCUCCCUGGCCCAUCAGAUCUACCGCAUGAUGUGUGCGCGUGGUUAUGCCAAUAAAGAUUUCUCCUCAGUUUUCCAGUUCCUGCGUGAUGAGGAGGGCCAGUAAUGUCACCCUUCACGCCGUCCACAGCCUUGCCAUGUGCCUGGCCCCGCACAGACUAAGUGUAGUUAGGGUGCAUUUCAUUACAAGGACUUUUCUUCUCUCUUUUUUUCUUAUUUUUUUUUUUUUCUUCCUCCUCAACGUUGUGAAAGACAUGCAGCUCCUUGGGGUUUCAUUACACGUUGACAGAUAAAAUUAGCACUAAUCUCCAAUUUGGAAUCAUGUUUCACAUGUGAUUAAGGUUUUUUUUAUAAUGAAACACUCCUAGGUUUUAAAAUAUAAAUGAAUUAGAUUUUGGAAAUCAAAACUAAGCCUCAUUACUCCGUGUCAAAGCUAAACAGCUACAAACAGUGUAGUUUCCACAUAUUUAUCUUUUAUUCCUUUUCGUUCUUCUGUUCAUAUUAGGUAUUUGUUGUGAAAUUGGAGUUCUUUUGAGUGUCAUAUCCUGUUAGAAAAUAAAGAAAAUUUGUAAUGUCUUAAACCUUC